GAAUUCCCAGCGGCCGCGGGGAAAGUUUACGGGACGUAGGCGGCGGCGGCGGCGGCGGUAGCGGUUACUAGGGCCCCUGCAGACCAUGGCCCCGGCCGGGCGUUGCUGGCCUCUGCUCCCCGAGUUCUCGGGCCGCGCCGCGGAGCGAGUGGAUUUCCGGGAAGGAACUGACAAGCGACUGAGCUGUGGCCGGCGCGCUUAGCGCCCCGACCAUGCGGCAGUCCCUGCGGGCGACCCUGGGCUGCGGAGAGGCGGCGGCGGCGGCGGCUCGGGAGGGAAGGAGGCGGCGGCGCCGGCGGAGGUGGCGGCGGGGCCGGCCGGCGCCCUUCGCGGAGCCCUAAGGAGGCUGCUUGCCGCGGCCUGGGGCCUCGUCGACGAGGAUGCUGUCCCGAAAGAAAACCAAAAACGAAGUGUCCAAGCCCGCCGAGGUGCAGGGGAAGUACGUGAAGAAGGAGACGUCGCCUCUGCUGCGGAAUCUCAUGCCUUCAUUUAUUCGGCAUGGUCCAACAAUUCCAAGACGAACUGAUAUUUGUCUGCCAGACUCAAGUCCUAAUGCCUUUUCAGCUUCUGGAGAUGGAAUAGUUUCAAGAAACCAGAGUUUCCUUAGAACUCCAAUUCAAAGAACGCCUCAUGAAAUAAUGAGAAGAGAAAGCAACAGAUUAUCUGCACCUUCUUAUCUUGCCCGGAGUCUAGCAGAUGUCCCUAGGGAGUAUGGCUCUUCCCAGUCAUUUUUAACAGAAGUUAAUUUUGCUGUUGAAAAUGGAGACUCUGGUUCCCGAUAUUAUUAUUCAGAUAAUUAUUUUGAUGGUCAGAGAAGGCGCCCACUUGGAGAUCGUGCACAUGAAGACUAUAGAUAUUAUGACUACAACCACGAUCUCUUCCAAAGAAUGCCACAAAAUCAGGGGAGACAUGCUUCAGGUAUUGGGAGAGUUGCUGCUACAUCUUUAGGAAAUUUAACUAACCAUGGUUCUGAAGAUUUACCUCUUCCUCCUGGUUGGUCUGUGGACUGGACAAUGAGAGGGAGAAAGUAUUAUAUAGAUCACAACACAAAUACAACUCAUUGGAGCCAUCCUCUUGAGCGAGAAGGACUUCCUCCAGGAUGGGAGCGAGUUGAAUCAUCAGAAUUUGGAACCUAUUACGUAGAUCACACAAAUAAGAAGGCUCAAUAUAGGCAUCCCUGUGCUCCUAGCGUACCUCGGUAUGACCAGCCCCCUCCUGUCACAUAUCAGCCACAGCAGACCGAAAGAAAUCAGUCCCUUCUGGUACCUGCAAAUCCAUAUCAUACUGCAGAAAUUCCCGACUGGCUUCAGGUUUAUGCUCGAGCCCCUGUGAAAUAUGACCACAUUCUGAAGUGGGAACUCUUCCAGCUGGCUGACCUGGAUACAUACCAGGGAAUGCUAAAGUUGCUUUUCAUGAAAGAACUGGAACAGAUUGUUAAAAUGUAUGAAGCCUACAGACAGGCUCUUCUCACAGAGUUGGAAAACCGCAAGCAGAGACAGCAGUGGUAUGCCCAGCAACAUGGCAAGAAUUUUUAAGUUAAUUUUUUAAAAAUAAAAUUUAAGUUUUGUGUAAGGGCUUUAAAAAUUUUCACAGGUACAAAAACUGCAAACAAAUACUUUGGUUAAUAAAGGCAGCUUUUUGGAAAUUACAAAAUUCUAAUUUUACAUGUAUUUUGUUAUUAAAAAUAUUUUUAUUGAGCAAAAAUUGAUUAUCAUUUUAAGAGCCGAUACAGCAAACACUUCUAAAUGCUAUGUAUUAGAAACUGCUUUGAAUAUUCUCAGUGGAGACAAAUGCAGCAAGAAAUGUCUCAUUAUAACCAGAUAUUAGAUAGGAAAUGAUCACUUGGUAAACUCGUACAGUAGCAGUAUCUUUCUUGAAAAAACAGAAAACCUAUGCAGUAUUUAAAAAAAAAGAUGUGUACUGCUUUAAUGUGGAAUAGUAUUUGGAAUCAGAUGGUUUAAAUAUUACCAUUGCGCAGUUCCAAACACAGAAUGGGAUUUGGGACCUUAAUGGUGUUAAAUGUAUAUAAUGUAUAGGGUUCCCU